ACCACUGAAAUAAAACUAAAAACAAGAAAAUUAGUUCUUCCAUACCCGUUAAUGUUAAUGAAUUAAACCAUCAAGAUUUAGAAGAAAAUGAUGAUCAACUCUGCAUUUUAGCAUGUCAAAUAGCAGCUUGUUCAGGACUUCCGAUGGCUUUAAAAGCUGCAUUAGAUCUUGAUUUACUCGAAAUCAUAGCUAAAGCGGGUCCAAAUGCAUACAUCACACCAUCAGAGAUUUCAUCCAAGUUAGGUACUCAAAAUCCCAAUGCACCUUCCAUGUUAGAUAGGCUUUUGCGAUUGUUAACAAGCUUUUCUAUUCUCAAAUGCUCACAAAUCACUACCCAAAAUGGCAAGAUCCAACGGCUGUAUGGGUUGGCACCUGUUUGCAAGUAUUUUACUAGGGAUCAAGAUAAUGGUGUCUCUGUUGCUCCUUUAGCUGUGAUGAAUACAGAUAGGGUCUUCAUGGAUAGUUGGUACCACUUUAAAGAUGCUGUCAUGGAAGGUGGAAUUCCAUUCAAUAGAGCUCAUGGAAUGAGUGCAUUUGAAUACCCUGGGGUAGAUCUUAGAUUCAAUCAAAUGUUCAAUAAAGCCAUGUUAGAUCACACUACCUUAACUAUGAAGAAAGUACUUGAAACAUACAAAGGGUUUGAAGGUAUUAAAGUGUUGGUUGAUGUUGGUGGUGGUGUUGGAGUCGCAACUAAAAAGAUUACUGCUAAGUAUCCUCAACUUAAGGGUAUCAAUUUCGACUUGCCUCAUGUAUUAGCAGAUGCACCGGCGUAUCCCGGAGUGGAGAAUGUUGGAGGAGACAUGUUUGUCAGUGUUCCAAGAGGAGAUGCCAUUUUCAUGAAGGUGACAGUUUCGUUUCUCGGAAACAUUCUUAGGUUAACCGGAUCAUUUAUUGUUAUAAAUCUUCUUCUACAUUUAAAUCACUGACUAAAUACAUUACCAUGCAUCACUUGCACUGGGAUUCUUCACGAUUGGAGUGAUGAGUAUUGCUUGAAACUCUUAAAAAACUGUUAUGAAGCUCUACCAGAUUGCGGAAAAGUGAUCAUUGUUGAAGCGAAUCUUCCUGCAGACAUUGAUGAUAGUGUUACCUCAAAACUUUUGUUUGAACAAGACAUAAUCAUGUUAACUCAGAACCCUGGAGGUAAAGAAAGGACAUCUUCUGAAUUUGAAGCCCUGGCAAGGCAAUCUGGAUUUGCAAGCUGUGAAACCCUAUGCUCUGCUUACUACAAUUAUGUUAUGGAGUUCCAUAAAACAUCAAAGAAUUAGUAUUGCGACGAGUAUUUUAUUCGAUGUACUAGAAUCAUGACUGAGAACUUUAUGUUUUUCUUUUUUGCAAGUUUGGCUUAAAUAUGAUGGAUGAAACUUCGUUUUCUUUA